AUGAAACGAAAUGUUGGUCGUCCAAAGAAAGAACUUCGUGGCCGUAAACCACAGCCCAAGAAGAUCUCUGAAGGGGUUGCCAACACUUGUAAUGAGUUGCUACAUGCAACUCACAAUAAGGUAAUAAAUAGUAUAAGCGUUCACAACUCAGAAAAACAACAUUCGAGAGUUUGGAGUCACAGUGUCGUGGUAUUGUCACCUGAAGAGUCAUCUUCACCAAUGACAAGUCAACACUCCAAUAAUGACGAUUUAGAUAAUAUGACACUGGACCAUUCGAUUAAAAAAUCAAAAAUUUGGAAUAAUGAUGUCAUUGUUCUAUCUUCUAAUACAUCCAUGUCGAUAUCCUCCAUUGAAUCUGAUAUUAUGAAUUCUAAAUCAAUGGAACAGAGUAAUGAUAUCAAUGUCCCUACUGUAUGUAAAGAACCCACGUUGUCAGCGAAUCUCCUUUUGGAGGUAGCUCGGGUUGACAUGCAUUCGGAUGAGCCAAGUGUCAGGUGUGUCGCUGCCGGUACCACCCAUCAAGGAACUUUGCAGGGUGAACCUAGACUUAUAGAACCGGAGGAAUUGCCGUCAUCAUUAAACAUGGUCAAUUAUAAAGUAGACUUAUGUGUAGAAUGGACAGAUCAGGGAUUAUAUCCGUGUUACGAGUCACAACUAAGCAAUAAGAUAAUAGAAUUAGAAAAUAAAAUUCGCAUGUUAUUUCAUAGACACAGUUCCGCAAACAGCGGUUUUCAAUUCACCGGCCAAAAUACGACGGUGUCCUUUUGGAAAUCUAACGGUAAUAUUCAUAGUCAACAGUUAGACAUGACUAGCACGGAUGGAAUCUAUUAUUUGUUUGAUUCUCACGCAGUAGAUUCAAACCGUAUGUACAGUCAUCGCAGUGACGAAAACCGCGCAAGACUAUUUCAAGUUAAUGGGCUUCGUUCCUUGUCCGAACUUUUAUUGCGCAAUGCGACAUUAGAUGGUCACCAGCGUGAAUAUGCAAUUCACCAUAUCAUCGUGACAUCGUUUGUUCAAAAUAGUGAGGAAUUAUCUACUCAAUCGGUGAUUGUGGUAAAUAAUGAUAAAAGGUUAGAUACACCGGUACCUAUGUCCUGUAUUACUGUUCUUGAAGAAAAUAGUCAAGUACAUAAUGUAAAGCAUUUCAAAAAAUCUGGGCGACCCUUAAAUCUCAAACAUGGACCAAAAAAACUCAACAAUAACUCGCACUUGGCAGCAUCUACAAAGUAUAAUGUAACACAUAGCGAAGUCCAUCAAAAAGCUGUUCAUCGAUAUUCCAUUAACCAUCCAGAUAUACACCGUAAAGCCGUUACUCGAUAUACGGAAUUACACCCAGAAGUGAAUCAAGAUGCCGUACAGCGGUAUCGAGAACGUAAUCGCGAGCAAAUUAGCGAACGUGAUGCCGUCUACAAUCGCAUAAGGACUGUCGAACCUAUUUUAAGACGGACUGGUUUAAUAGGGGAAAAAUCAGGUAACGAAUUAAACUGCGUAGUUAUAUAUUCGUUAAAAAAAACGUCUUUAAGUGCAGUCGAUGUUUUAUCUUGUCCAAAAUGUGGUGCCAAGUUGUUUAAUGAAGAGAGGGGUAGGGUACAAUGGUGUUGUGGAAACGGCCGUUUUAAUAUCCUACAUUUACCUCCACUCAUAGAAGGAUUUUAUUGUAGCCAAGAUUUUAUUAAAUAUGCUAGAGCGUAUAAUAAUCUAUUUGCUUUUAGCGCUCUGGGUGUUUCUCAUGGAUAUCAGCAUCCAACGACUGGGCUGAGUUUUAUAAAAAUUCAAGGGCGAACGUACCAUAGAGUCUUUGAUAUGUCAUACACAGAAUCCACGAAUCCUGUCGGACUUUAUAUCGAUGACGGCGAAGAGCGGAAAAGAUUGGCACAAAACCGUAACCUCGAUCAGAAGAUUUUGCAAGAGAUUACGAACUUUUUAAACACAGUCAAUCCGUUUAUUGACUGCUUUAAACGUCUCUCUAAUGAAUCUUCCACAGAGGCACGUCUUGUGUUCGAACGUACUUCUCGUGCCACACACGGUAAUAUUUUAGGCGAUAUGCCGCGCGGCGAAGAAAUUGCAGCUAUCAUUAGUACCGACAGAGAGCAACAUGUACCGAGAAGUAUGUGUAUAUGGAAAAUUGGGGAAAAGAAACCGCACACAGUCGACAUAUUUAAUCCAUUAUAUGAAGUAUUUCAAUAUCCAUUACUUUAUCCACACGGAGGUGUUGGAUGGACAAUAAAUACUCUGGAUAAUCAGGGUCACAAAUUAUCACAAGUAAAAUACUAUAGAUGUCUUCUGCUGUCGGAGUCCCGAUUUUCGCAAAUGGGUCGCCUAUCAGAGGAAUGGCUUGUAGACAUGUACUGUAGAGUCGAAGAAGAACGGCUUCGCUAUGUCGCUAAUCUGCAGAAAUAUAAUUCCCAAGGAGAACUUCGUCUCGCUCCUUUGGAAGAAAUUGCUACAGAUGAAACUGUACAAGGAGAAGGCGGUGUGGUACCAGGUCGUGUAUACUUACCAAAUACGUUCACGGGUGGUCCACGUUACAUGAAAUGUAAAUACAUGGAUGCGAUUGCAAUCGUUAAUAGAUUGGGAAAACCUUCAUAUUUUUUAACGAUUACAUGUAAUCCCAAAUGGAAGGAAAUAGUAGAAAACACUUCCUCAAACAGUAUUAUGCCUUCAGCUUCUAUUUGUGCCCGCGUAUUUAAUUUAAAACUGUCACAAUUAUUGAGAGAUUUACGCAGCGGAUCUUGGUUCGGUAAACAAAUAUAUAUUUUAUAUGUAAUAGAGUUUCAGAAACGAGGUUUGCCACACGCGCAUAUAUGCUUUCGCGUAGACGGCGGUGGACCGGUUCAGAAUAUCGACAUUGAUAAAGUGGUACGUGCAGAUAUACCCACUGAACACGAAGCGGAUGGAAGAUUGCGCACGCUGGUACUAAAACAUAUGGUUCAUGGCCCAUGUGGCAUUAAUCAUCGUACUAAUUUGCCGUGUUGGGAUGCGGAAAAGCAAAAAUGUAUCAAACAUUUUCCCAAAAAAGAAACCGACACCACCUACACUGAUGAAAGAGGUUUUGUAGUAUUAAAAAGGAAUUCGUCGAACACAGCCAAUAUCUCAUACCGAAAUCGUAGUGUAACAGUUAACGACCUAUGGAUAGUACCAUAUAAUGCGGCAUUGCUAUUAAAAUAUGAUUGUCACAUAAAUCUAGAAAUAUCUUCAACGCGGAAAAUCGUCAAGUAUCUUUUUAAAUAUAUGACAAAAGGCCCAGACGAAGCACGCGUAGCGAUUGUUCCAGACGAACUUCGCAACAAUGAAAUAGAACAAUAUGUGACCAAACGAUAUAUAGGUGCUUGCGAUGCCGCAUGGAGAACUUUCGAAUUUGAUCUCACAGCACGAGAACCUACCAUAAAGCAGUUGACGGUACAUCUAGAGGGACAGCAUACUGUAUUUUUCAGACGAGGUCAAGAAUCUGAAGCUGUUGAGCGAUCUAAUUCUGAUCUAUUGAAAUAUUUCAAUAGGCCAUCUGAAAUAGAAUUCGAGAACCUCACGUAUCAGGACUUCUAUGAAAAUUACAUAGUGCAUGCCUCUCGACCGAAGACAAAGAAUGUACAGAUAUUUUCAAUUUGCGGAGGAAAAUAUUUCGUUACGAAAAGACAACGCAAAGAGAUGGUUGCUAGAUUAUAUUGGGUGGCACCGAACAGGGGCGAGCAGUUCUAUUUAAGAAUGUUGUUGAGUUCUUUCCCGUGCCGUGGUUAUGCCGACUUGCUAACUUUAGGUGGACCAAAUUGUAAAACGUUCCAAGAGGCAGCUCGGGCAGUCGGUAUUGCUAACGAUGAAGAAGAAUACGAGAAAUGUAUUCAAGAGGCGGCAGCAUUUUAUAAUGGAAAAAAGCUUAGACACUUUUUCGUGCUUUUAAUUACCAAUGGCGCCCCUGCAAUGAUUCUGUGGGAUAAAUUCAAACAUCUCAUAAGUGAAGAUAUUUUGGAACGCCACCCAAACGAUCAAGAAGAUCGCGCGUAUAACCAAGCGUUAAAGGAAAUUGACCGACUCCUCCGCAAACAUGGAAGUCGUCUUCAGGACCAAGGGCUGCCACUUGUUCGAGACGACACAACAGAAUUAGAUAGAGAGCGAGUGGAAUAUAAUAAUGACAGUUUGCGCGAAUUCGUUACUCGAUGGGUACCAUUAUUAUCGCUUGCACAGAAACGCGUAUUCGAUCACGUUAUAAAGUUAUUAGCAACUGACCACUCUUGUGACGAGACACCUCGUACUUUAUUUUUGGACGGCCCUUCAGGCACUGGUAAAACAUUGUUGCUAAAAGUUAUAGUAGCGUAUGUACGGGGAAUACUGAAAGCUGUUGCAAUUUGUACUGCGAGUUCGGGAAUAGCUGCACAGAAUUAUGAAGGCGGUUGCACAGCUCACAGUAUGUUCCGAUUACCAUUAGAAGUGAUCGAUGACACGAGUCAUUGGAGUUUAACCAAUGGUACCCAGCGGGCUGAACUAAUCCGCGAAUCCUCCAUUAUUAUAUAUGACGAAGCGCCGAUGUCGCACAAGUAUCUUGUACACAUUCUGGACCGGUCGCUGCAAGAUUUGAUGGACUGCAGAAAAGCGUUCGGAGGAAAAAUUAUGAUUUUCGCUGGUGACUUUAGGCAAAUACCUCCAGUUGUACCGAGUGCGAGAUGUCACAAUGAUAUUAUUCAAGCGUCCCUCCGAACAUCUUCUUUAUGGAAUGAAAUGACCCAAUUUUCUUUGACAGAAGCUCAAAGAACGCGCAACGACGAGGGAUAUUCAGAUUUUUUGUUAAACCUAGGCUCCGGUGCCUGCGAAUCACACACUUUUGGCACAGGGAGAAAUAUUCAAACGCUAAUCAGUUUACAGAAUUUAAACGUGGUUACCGAACUCGACGAUUUGCUUGACUUUGUCUUUCCUGGCGAUGUGUUGUGCGAUCCAGAUGAAUGCGCGAGUAGAGCAAUAUUAUCCACUCAUAACACUAAUGUUAAUGAUAUAAACGCCCAUAUAUUAGAACGCAUUGAUGGCGAUAUGAUUCAUUGCUAUGGUGUUGAUAGCGUAGAUGUGGAACACGCCGACGAAUUUCAUCUGGGUCCCGAUAUGCUACACAAAGUACAAGCUAAGGGAGUGCCUGAUUACGAUCUGCCAAUAAAAAAGGGUUGCGUCUGCAUGAUAGUAAGAAACCUCAGCUUUGUAGAUCGACUUGUGAACGGUACUAAAGUAGUCGUUGUAGAGGUAUCGCCAAGACUGGUGACGAUUCGGAAACCUCAUAAUUCGGAGACUUAUAGGAUACCAAGGAUUUCUUUCAAAGCACCCAUUGAACCGGGAAGUCCUAUUGAAAUGUGUCGUCGACAGUUUCCAUUGCAAGUAUGUUACGCGAUGACUGUACAUAAAAGUCAAGGACAGACCAUAGAUAGAGUAGGAGUAGAUCUGCGGUCCGAUGUGUUCAGCCAUGGUCAGCUAUAUGUCGCCUUAGGUCGAGUACGGCAUGCUGAGAACAUUAAAGUUUUAAUUACAAAAGAGCGAAUCGUAAACGGUGUGCCGUAUGUAAGAAAUGUAGUUAUUAAAAAUUUGUUGACUGAAGCUUAA